AUGAAGACGAAAUCCUCAAUGUCUCCAAAUAAGAACUUAAGGCAACCUGAAUAGAGUGCUCAAACAUAUUCCACUGGCUUUACAAAAAAAAACGCAUUCAAGGCCGCCUAAUAAAAUUAAGCAGCUAUUUUGAGUUAACUUCCAGAGAUUCAAAAAAAAAGGAAUAAAAAUGAUGUAUUUGUGCAUUCGCAAGAAUUCUAAGAAAUCCUUUAAAUUGAAUAAGAUGAAAGGUAUCGCUAUUUAAUAAAAAAUGGUACAAUCAAGAAAAUAGAAAACGGAGGCAAUAUCAUCUUUUCUGAAUUGCAAUAGAUACCAGGCAUCUGGGUCUGUUAUAGAAGACCAUUAGAGAGAUAAGCAAAUGCAGAAAAGUUAAGUCUUGACUGGCUUGAUCUAUCACAUAUGCCAUUGUUGGAAGGUGAAGAAAAAUUAAAAAUAUUGACAUUUCAACAUAAUCGAAUUGGAGUAAUUUAAAAUUUAGUCUCUCUACCAAAUUUGCUGUAUUUAGAUCUAUAUGAUAACUAAAUAAAGGAGAUCGAGGAAUUAAAAUAAGUGUAAAAGCUAAAAGUUUUGUUAAUGCCAAAAAAUUAAAUACGAAAAAUACAAAACUUGGAUUACUUAUUAAAAUUAGAAGUGUUGGAUCUACACAGCAAUAAGAUUACCAAUUUGGAAGGUCUAAACAAAUUGAAAAGCUUAAAAGUGUUGAAUCUAGGAAACAAUUUGAUCCAAAAACUUGAAGGCUUGGAAGAAUUAACUUCACUUAAUGAAUUAAAUUUGAAAAUCAAUUAGAUUGAAUUCAUAGAUCAUAUCUCAGUUCUCCCAUAAUUGCAGAAACUAUUUUUAUCUUAAAAUAAAAUAAAUUAAUAUCCAUUCAUUUUUGAUUUACUGGAAUUAUAUUUGGAGAACAAUCCAAUAUCAUAAAAUAAAUCUGAAUAUCAUAAAUAUAUAUGUUCCAAUUAUGAAAAACUUCGAAUAUUGGAUGGGAAACCAGUAGAAUUAGUUAGAUAAGACAUAUAAUUCUUAGAAAUCCCUAAAAGUGAGCCAAUUAAAAAAAAAAAUUUGAAUCAAUUGGUUUAGUAAUAAUAACAAAAGAAACCAUAAAAAUUGCAUCAAUUUGGAUUGGAGAUCUAAGGUGUAGGUUAAGAUUCUAAAUUAAAGGACGAUGCAAAUCAAGCUUAAUUAUCAAAGAAAGAUGCAAACAGUUCAAAAAAUUAGACUAAAGAUCUGUAAUUAAGUCACAAGAAUUCAAUAUCAUCAAAUGGAGCUGAAGAUGAGAUAAUAUCUUUGAUUAAGAAAUAAUGGGUUCAAGAAAGCAAAAGGAUUUAAGAAUUAGAAUAAUCGUAUCAAAUAAACUCGAAAAGUUGUUUAGAACAUUAAAUUCUAGAAGGAGGUCAUGCUGAAGUAGAGGAUGAUACAUUCUUAUUGAUUUAUGGAACAGCAGCAGGAAUGGUGCUACCAACUUAACACUUUAAUCAGAUAAUAGAAAAGAUUCACUUUCAGUAUAUGUUUUUUGAUUCACUUAUCGAUUCCCAAUUAUAAGUGAUUAAAGAGUAUACUAAAUUAAAAGAAAUAAUUCUUAAGGAUAAUUAUAUCAACAGUCUACUUUAAUUAGCGAAAUUAGAACAUUUAGUAGACAUUCAGAAAAUCACCAUUUAGAAUAAUCAAAUAAACAAUUGCUCUUUUAUGUUUUCGUUUCUUGUAUAUAGAAUUCCUACUUUAACUCAAAUUAACAAUAAGGAUGUAAGAAAUGAGGAUAGAUAGAAAGCAAAAUCGCUUUUCUCGAAUUUCGAUAAAGCAUUAAUCGUGCAUGAAAAAGGAUAGAACAGUGAUAAUUUUAGAUAAUUGAAAAGCUAUCAAAAAAAUAGACAAUAUAUUAAAACGUAUCAGAAGGCUUUAAAUGAAGUUGUGUUUCAAUAAAAAAUAGUUAUCAAUUAAUAGAAAUUAUUUGAUAAUAUGUUUGAAAAUUACCUAAAUUAAAUAAUCGAAGUCUGCAAAAAUAAGGAAAAAUGA